AUGGCCGACUUUGAUCAUAGCAUCUUUGCGAAUGACCAGACGGCUAUCACGACACGAAUAAUUGUGCACUCCUGCCUUCCCAGUUCUGCGGUUUCCUUUCGAAAAGUGCAGGCGGGAUACCUGCUGCUGCUUCUGCUGCAUAACAACACCUGUGCAUCUGCUAGUAAACUUCCGGACCACAAAACACAAAAACAUGUAUUACGGCUCUACAUCCCUUAA